AUGUGGGAAGUAUUAAUUGGGGAGCCAAUUGCCACCUGUCUUUCUCCUUCAGUGUAUGACAUGAUCUGUAAACUUGGGUUUGAAGUCAGAGAAAAUUGCGACAUCAGUAGUAUUGUAACUCAAAAUGGUGAUGUAUGCUGGAAGAAAAUUACAGAUUGCAUAGUUUAUACAGAAUCAGCCCAGGAUCUGGACCACCGGGAAAGCGUGCGGCUGCUGGGCCCCGUGUGCCGGGCUGUCCAUCUGCAUCUGUCGUCUCUGCUCGAGGGGCAGUUUGAAAUGCGAUACGCACCGGCGCUCCAGUGGACAGGUGUUCCAGAGUUAUUUCCUGAAAUACUUGAUGCCUUGAGAAGUCUUGAAUCUCCCAGUAUUUCUCUCAGCUUCAUGAAGCUCACGUCGUGUCUGGAGCGAGCCCUGGGUGAUGUAUAUUUACUGAUUGGGAAGGACUGCCCCUUUCUUUUAAGAGAUCUGCUCGCAUCUGAGGAACUUGCUCAAGUCUUUGGGCAGCCUGUGAUGGACGUGCUCAAGGUCUUCGUGGGCUCUCCGCGUGGGCUGAACCUCCGCAACGUCCUGUGGCACGGCUUCGCGGCCCCUCAGGAGGUUCCGCCCAAAUACUGCUCAAUGUUGGUGUUGUUGACAGUAGGAUUGGGUCAACUACUGAAGGGUUACCUUCAACAGACUAACUUCACGUUGGCACAUCGACCUUUUGUAACUCUUACGAGCAUGGAGGAUUUGAUCAUUUUUCCUGAUGUUACGACUGAGGUGCUUUCAGUAUUAGAAGAAGUGAUGAAGAAGUCCACUUUUAUACUGAAAAUCAUGUUGCCAUAUUGGGAAGUUGCAUUAACCAAGUUAAAGUCUCACAGGUUUGCUGACUGUGCCAUAUUGUUGUUGGUGCAACUAGAGACUGGACUUAGGAAGGUUUUUGCUGAAGUUAACGAAUGUCCAAAGAGACUUCUAACUGCUGAGUCAACAGCUCUUUAUACUACCUUCGAUGAAAUAUUGGCAAAACACUUGAAUGAUGGUAAAAUCAACCAACUUCCUCUUUUCCUGGGAGAGCCUGCAAUGGAAUUUCUCUGGGAUUUCCUAAACCAUCAGGAGGGUCCCCGUCUAAGAGAUCGGUUAAGCCAUGGGGAAGUCAGUUUACCUGAAUUUCCGAAAGCAGCAGCCAAUCAGUUGCUUGCGUUUUCCUUUGUCCUUUUACUCAGAUUUAUUGAUGAAGAUCUGUUAUCAGUGUUCAAGGAAGAAGCAGCGGUGAGGUCAUUGAUUAACCUUGCAGUAGCCUACGUUUCUCGCUGCCACCCAGCUUCUCAGCUUAAAAAACAGGUGCUGAGCUGUGGGGGGCGCCUUGGGGCUUGGCCUCUGCUGCCUUUGCCUGAAGAAGCCGAAGGGGAGGCUGCGCGAUCAGAAGGUGAUUCUGAAACAGAUGCCUGCAGCUCUUUAAUCACAGAAAUCGUGGGUGAGCUGUGUUGCCAUGUGCCUGAGACACACCGCGCUGCCCACCUCUCUGGGCCCCUUCCUCCUGAGGAGUGGCCCCGGCUGCUCCAUGCACUCUGCAGCAUCCCGGUGCGGACCCUCUUCUGCCCCCGAGCUGUCCUGGAGGUGCUGGCUGUUCUCCGGAGGGUCAGCAGCCACUGUCGCCGCGUUUGUGACCAGGUAGCCGCGUGCGUGGAGCUGAGGCGCCGGCAGUGGGAGGACCGAAGCCUGCGCUCACGGCAGAGGCGGAACUACCUGCGUCUGGUGCGCAGUAUGAAGCUUCUGUCUCCGAUGCUUUACCUGAUUUUAUUGCUGAUUGCGCUAGAAUUGAUCAACAUUCACAUGGUUCUUGGGAAGAAUGCUUCUGAAUACCAGCAGUACCUGAGGUUCUUAAAGUGUGUCUUGCAGUACACAGAGAACCUGGCAGCUUACACCAGCCAAGACAAGAACAAGUGGGACGAAGCUGUCCAUCUCACACACGCAGCCUUGUUGAAGAUUUGGACUUUUACUGAGAAGAAACAGAUGUUGACACAUUUAGCCAAGAAAUCCAUGAGUAAAGUCAUUUGA